CAUUUCUGACCUCCUCUUCCACCUUUCCCCUCACCGGUCAUUUAUUAGUUUAUGCGGCCCCUUAUUAUCUUUUGAUGACGAAACUUUCCACACCCGGGACACCAGACAGUACCAGCUCCCCUGGCCCAUCCAUGUUACGAAGAAAGGCUGAUGAAGACUUAACUUCUUCCCGUACUAACAAGAAAGCAAGAACCCGAGUGAGUUACUCAUGUGGAGAAUGUCAUCGACGCAAGCAGAAGUGCGAUCGCCAAGUGCCAUGUUCUCAUUGUGUUGCACGCAAAGUUCCCGAGCUUUGCAAAGCUUACACCCCAGGAAAAUCAGACCAGGAUUUGCACCUGAGGCUUCAACGGUUAGAGAAGAUCGUCGAGGUUGCUUUACCACAGUACUGGACGUCCUCGUCACUGAAUUCAUCCCUCGAGAGCGGCGGCUCGUUACGGCACUCCACCCCCGGUGCCGAUGACGAUGCUAGGUCUCAACCUGACGAUGAAGACCCCAGUGGUGGGUUCUUCGAGACGGGCAGGUGGUAUGGAAGCAGUGCAUCUACCUAUGUUUCUGCCCCAGUUGUGCUUCAAAAGUUGCAAAAUAUGGUUGAUGGCCAUUCACAUACUGAAGGACAGAUGGCCGCCAGAACCGCUUCAGAUGAUCAACUUCAUGCCGCCAUAGCGCAGCCAGAGUCAAAGCGGGAUCUCGCCAUGACAGUCGAGCCUUCACCAGCAGACAAACUGAAAUCUCUUGUCCAGGAAUGCGGCGUUCCUCCACAUAAGUUACCAGAGCUUCUGCAAGAGCUCCCACCACGUAAUCUUUCCGACAAACUUAUAGACUUCUAUUUUGGUUCUAUAAACUGGACUCGAUACCCUAUUUCCCAGAAGGACUUCCGUGCUGCCUACGCCAUUACACAAGCUGAUAUCACUGCUCUCAAUCCAAACGAUAUACGGUUCUUGCCUCUUUUAUUCGUUGUACUCGCGAUCUCUGUGAGAUUGGCACCGGAUAAUGUCGUUGGUGAUGCUGAGACGCGUCGACUAACGUCUUCCAGGUAUUAUUGGGCCUCACGUAGGUCCCUCCUAAUAGCUGCAGCAAUCCAACCGGAUUGUUUAGAAAUGGUCCUCACUCGACUUUUGAGUGCUCGAUUUCUGAUUUUAGACCGCAAGAUGACAGAGUGUUGGAGUCAGCUAGGAGCCGCUGUCCGCACAGCCCAGGCACUCGGACUUCAUAGGGAUUCGAAUGCUCCAACAAUUUCACCUCCACAAGCGGAAUAUCGACGUCGCAUAUGGUCUUAUCUCUAUCAUGCCGAUCGCGCCUACGCGUUGGUACUUGGUCGACCAUCAGCCAUUAAUGACGAAUACACCUCCGCACGACCUCCCAUGAACAUCGACGACGAUUUGUCUGGGCCACUCUCGAAUCCGCUUCCGCUCACAACUCCCACCAAAAUGACCUAUGUUGUGCUACGACAUGCUCUAGCAGCCAUCAUGGGGCGAAUGGUGCAUCACUUCCAGAAGGUCAACUCGCCGAGUCAUUAUUCGGACGUCGUGGCCCUCGACGAUGAACUUCUGAGAUUCAUGCAAUCAUUGCCUCCCCAUUUUGCAUUGGAGCCUGAUCUUUCCCUUGAUCAAAAGUUGCCUUACCUUCAGGCGCAUCGGUUCCUCUUGGUCACCGAGAUAUUGUAUGUUCGCAGCAACCUACAUCGACCAUAUCUAUUACGUCGGCUCAGCAGCGAACGCUACCUUCGAUCCCGGAAAGCUUGUUUUGAUUGUGCUCUGACGGAUUUCCGAAUUCGAAGAGAGUUCUUGCAGUCUGCCUCCAAGAACGUCCGGGACCCGAUUGCUAGCGCAUAUCGCGAAUUUUGUACCGCGAUGAUUGCGGGUAUAUACCUCGUCCUGUAUCCGAAGGGCAAGGACGUUGAAGGUAUGAAGGCCAUAGUGGAUACCUUCAUCCAUGAUCGCGAAAAUAUCCCAGAGUUGGACGAAACGACGAGACGUGAGGUUCGAAUCAUUGACUUCUUGAAGAACAAGUUCUUCCAGGUAGCUUCCGAGCAGAACGGUACUACAUCGGCGAUAGGUCCAACAGAAGAGAAGCCCCAUACUGACGCCCAGCUCCUACUUGGACUACAUCGCUCGUCGCCUCGGAUGUCAGGAGCCAGUGUCGGAUCUCCUCUUGCUCAAGGAUCCAUGGUACCUUCUGGUUCAAUGUCUGCCAACACGUUUGACUUUUCACAACCGCUACACAGUACGAUGUCGCCCGUUCAGCAGCUGCAACACGCAGAAGGCAGUACCGGAUCUGGAUCUGGUAGUCCGAUGGGCGAUGAUGAGUCUGGGGCUCAGCAGCUACUGGACCAAUGGUGCGAUGUCUUCAGCGGCGGCCCGAACAUGGACGGCAUGCCCAGCGCUGGUCUGCCGUGGGCUACACCGGGGAUCUCUGAUAUGAGCGGUUGGUUCACUUCAGGUGGGCCUUUGGUGGGCGACGGUCUGAACGCCAUGGGUGACGGUGAUGGAACGGACUGGAGUUAUUGGGAGAAUUUGGUCAAUCAGAUUCGGAGUGGGCCUGUUGCAUGAGCAUUUUCUUUCCUUAAUUAUCCUUGCUAUCGGUUUUAGUUUCUCAUAGAUCUCGCACUCUCCAUGUACAUACAUUCCUAUCUUAGUUUUGCUUUAUAUUCCUCCGUGUAGUUCUGCAGAAGUAAAUAGAAAUCGUGCAUACGCCAGCAUCCUAGACUUCCAUGCAAGGCGAGGUACUCACUUGUCUUC